AUGGGGAACGGCGACUCGGCUGUGGAGGACAAUGAUGACCUGACUGAAGAUGAUGAUGACUUGACUGAAGAUGAUGAUGACUUGAUUGAAGAUGAUGACCUGACUGAAGAUGAUGAUGAUUUGGGAGUGGCUGAAGAUGAUGAUGACUUGACUGAAGAUGAUGAUGACUUGACUGAAGAUGAUGAUGACUUGACUGAAGAUGAUGAUGACUUGACUGAAGAUGAUGAUGACUUGGCUGAAGAUGACGAUGAUUUUACAGUAGUGGAUGAAGGUUUGACUGUAGUGGAUGACUUGACUGUAGUGGAUGAAGGCUUGACUGUAGUGGAUGAAGGCUUAACUGUAGUGGAUGAAGGCUUGACUGUAGUGGAUGAAGGCUUGACUGUGGUGGAUGGCUUAACUGUAGUGGUUGCCGGCUUGACAGCACUAGAUGAUGACUUUACUGUAGUGGAUGACGGCCCUACAGUAGUGGAUGCUGACUUGGUGAGGACAGAGGACAGCAGAGGCGUGCCUGGGCCGGGCACGUAG